AUUUCCAAUUUAUGCUGGUCAAUGUAGAAGUUUUCUCCCCUUGGUGGAACUCUUCAAAUUUUUGGUAGAAAUGACAUUUGCUAAUGGCGGCCUCCAGUCAGGUCAACAAUUCUCAGUGCUACUUUUCAAAUUUCUGCAACGUUUCGUGCAGUACAAGCAAAGAAUUGGAAGAAAGUAACCUUUUAAGUUUGCAUGAGUGUGAUAAAAAUACUUCUUAUCAUCUUGCUGGAUUGCAAGCGUCGGAAAGAAUACCUGGGAAGAACGCACAGUUCUAUGACUGUCCGGAGGCCCUUCUUAUUCUAUACAGAUGUGGCAUAUUUACAAUAGAUCCACGGUCGUUAGAUUUGAAAAUUUGUCAAAAACAUAGAGAAUACUUUGGCAUAAGGUGGAGAAGGAGCAAAACCCGGUGUUCAUAUCCAGAACAUAACGGACAGAAGUCGAGGGGUGACAGGGGCGCAAACCCCUCACUCUGCAAAGAGUAUUGGCUGAAAACAAGAUCUACGUUACAAGUUGGAACUGGUAUUUGCAAGCACUGUCAGCAGUUUUUCAGGAGCAACAUAUCUGAAGAGUUUAAAGUUGAUUUCAAAGAUGAAAUAGAAUCCUUCUUUCAAGUAAAGAAAUUAAUAAAGAAAAAUUUUGCUGAAGAAAUUUGUGAAG